AUGCCGUCUGGCAGCUCCCAGUUGAAGCAGUGCAGUAGCUGCGCCACCGCCAUCUCCAGGGCGUACAGGCCGAGCUGCAUACCGGGGCAGGACCGGCGGCCGGAGCCGAAGGGGAUGAACUCGAAGCAGGAGCCCUUGAAAUCUGGGGCCUCUGCGGCGGCGAACCUCGCCGGCUUGAACGAGUCGGCGUCUUCCCAGGCGGAGCGGUCGCGGGCGAUGGCCCACACGUUGAUCUUCACCGUCGUGCGCGCCGGUAUGUGGUAA